AUGUCUCACGUAAAACAAAGGAAGGAGCAUCUAGGACCCUUUGCUGGCGUCGACAGACUGUCCACUCUAGGUGGCACAAAUAUCGGUUUGUCAGUCGUCGGUGUGCAGUGUACUCUCUUUCAGGACGCAGAUGGCAGGAUUGCUGAAGCACUCGAGCACAACCUGCUGCGCUGGGGCCCAGAUGAGCAUGCUUUGGUAGACAGAUUCGAUGCCAGACUCCUCUUGGACAGCAUUCCGGCCGCCUCAACUUCCAGGCAAGUGUCAGGCGCUGACGAGGAAGCCGAGGAAGAAGAGCUAGACGAGGAACGCUAUGCAGACCUGGACUACAGCCGGGAGGCAGCACUGCAGCACCCUUGGGCCGCAGGCGUACCUCCAGUACCAGCAACGCUAGAAGAUCAGCCUAGCGGCGAGGAUGCAUCGCCAGAGGGAGAUGCAGCAACAGGCGAUGGGAAUUUUGCGGCCGUGGGCUUUUCUUACGGCGGCGGUGAGGGGGUGGCGGAUGCGAUAGAGCCGGGGAGCGAAGCCGAUGGAGAGGGAUAUGACCCCGGCUUUCCGAUGCCCUCGCACCUGUCUCCUCUGCUCCGCGGCGUCACAGACCGCUCUCACAAGAUCAUGAUGCAGACAGCGCGCUUUGUGCGCGAGUCAGGCGGACACUCGGAGCUGGUGUUGCGCGUUCGCCAGGCCAGCAACCCCAACUUUACCUUCCUUCGGCCUGACAAUCCCCGCCACCCCUACUUCCAGUGGCUCGUCUCUGCUGACCCCCAGGUGACAGUGGAGGGAAGCAAAGAAGGAGAGUCAGACGAAGCUGCAGUUCCUGACAGCACCGCGCCUGAGUCAGCAGCAGACGGCACUGAGCUGGCGGGCAGCGAGAACGCGCUGAGCAUGCUGAGCGCGUACGGCAGCCAGCACAUCGGGUCUCCCCGCUCUGCUGCGGGGGAACCCCCCGUGGCCACCGACGGCAAUGCUCCAAAUCAGGCUCCUCCCCCGGGUUCCCCUCGGCUGCAUCCGUUUGACGGCGCCCCCGCUGCCGCCAGCCUGGCGGCUGACCUGGCUAUCACAGAUAUGGUCUGUGCUGCUGUGACGGCUGCGGACAGUGCCACUGCUGCGGCGAGUGUAACCGGGGCCAGUCAGAAAUCACAGCAUGGGGGAGAGAGAACAGCGGCGGAGACAGCACAGCAGGAGGGAAUGCCGCCGGAGGACGUGCAGGCAAUCAUGGCGAAGCUGGUCGCCUUUGUGAAGAAGAAUGGUGUGAAGUUUGAGGCAAGCGUGCGCAAACGCGAGAGAGCCAACCCCCGGUUCGCCUUUCUGCAUCCUAGCAACGAGCACCACUGGUACUACAGGCAGCUUUUGGCAGAAGCGCUCGGCGCCGAGGCAGCACAGCAGGUGUUUGCUGCCAUCCCCAAGGAGCCAUCCACCCCAGCGACCACAGCAGCUGUCAGCGCAGACAGGAUUGGACAUGAACAGGAGGCGCCUGCACGCUCUGAGGAGACUGGAGCGGCUACUCUGGAGGGACCGAUGGAAGGGCCAGCUGUUGGGAGAGAUGAGACUGCAGACGCAAGUGUCCCUACCGCUGCCCAAGCCGGGCAGAAGCUUGCAAAAAAGCCUGCAGGAGGGGCGGUGUUCACAAUUAAAGCCAAUCCCAGCGUGGCAGGGAUUGCCACGGUGCGCCGACCAAAAGACUACGUUGAGUCGGCGGAGCCUGCUGUCCUACACGUUGAAGGGGGCAACUCUCCCAAUGGGAACACUGGGGUGCCGCCAGAAGCAGCGCCCAAUGAUUCGGCAGCAGCUGCUGCUAACAGCAAUGGCAGCGACAGCGGGAGUGAAAGCUCUGACAGCGAUCCUGACAGGGAGGGCACGCCCCAGGAUGACGGCUUACCACUGUCGGAGGGAACGGCGGAGGAGACCGCGCGAGCGGCCAGUGCCAGGCUGGCGCGCGCGUGGAGCAGCGGCCGCGGCGUCGAGUCGGCGCUCGCGGCUGCUGCCGCUGCCGACGCCGCCAAAGCCACCGACGAUCAGAAAGCAGAACGCCGACGGCUGGCGGCGCAGCUUCUGGCGUCGCGCAGGGCGGCUGCCGCGCAGCUGCUCGCGCCGGAAGCUCCCAGAAGCUCAACUGCAAUUGCAAACCACCGUCUGGCCCUGCUCGCUGAGGCAAUCAAGGACCCAGACUCCAUAGCACCAGAGGAAGAAAAGGAGGCCGGGGAGAUAAAAAAGGUAGAAAGGUCUGCGGCGCCAAAGAUCGCUUCGCCCAAUCAGGCGCCAGAGCCGCAGCAGACGUUGCCUAAAUUGGAGGACAUCCUUCGGCCGCGAGUCAUCCGGUCGCCCAGCGCGUCCGGCAAUGACUCACCCGAUGAGUCAUCCAAUGACAGCGCCGGCAUCUCUGACAGGCACAGGAGCAACAGGCACAGGACAGAGGAGCGACCCAGGCCUGACAGGGACAGCAGCUCGGACCGGCGGCGGCACGCGCACGAGAGGGAACACAGCAGCAGACAGGCCGAGCGCAGCAGCCGCCACCGGCACACUCGCAGCCGCGACUGCGACCGUGACAGGUGCCCUGCCCACUACUGUAGCAGUCUUACUAACCCCCACUAA